AUGACCGUCAUCCUGAAAUCAGUCCCCGUCGCCAUCCUAUCGACGUGCAAAUUAGUCUAUCACGAAGCAUGUCCCAUCUUGCAGGCUACGACUAAUACCUUUAUUCGGGAUGUACCGCCCAGGAUUAUCGACGGUGUCAGUGGCCGUGGCGAAGGUCGCAUGCUCGAUGCGCUCAUUCGAGCAAUCAUGAAACAGGUGGAUGCGCUUCGCGACUAUGACUUGGGCCAAGGUCCAUGUCUGACCCUUAUGCAACUCUUCGAGGGCCGUCUGCGCAAUGCACUGCUAAGCAAGCGCAACAGCCGGUAUUUGGUCAAGUUCGUUCAUCAAGCCGGCCACUACCUGAGAUACACCGCCAUGCCGAAUGGUCCAAUUGGAAUGCGGGCUGUAGAGCUUGUCAAAUACACCUCGACACUUUCGGGAAUUGGGCGACACUGGGCGCUUGGAGCGGACUUGCAUGCCUUGAACAGCCGUCUCAACCCCGACGGUGUCGCUGUUGUAUGCGCUGGCGUCUUACCUGCUGGCGUUGCGGAAGCAACGAUACGUACCUCGGGGGAUGUUCUUGUUCCUCAGCAUGUCAAUUUCCAGGCUUAUGGUCUUGAGUGCUACGUACCAUCGUCACGCCCAAUGGAAGAAGAUCAGUGGGUAGAGGGCUGGCUUGAGUGA